GCCAACCGACUCCACUGCCUUCCUCCUUCACAGCUGCAACAACCAUGCUCAACUCACCACUCAACAGACUCAUCUCACUCACUAAACACCCAAACACAACCAGAAACAAACCCAACAGGGACAUCCUCAUCCGACUGGCCUCCUCAUUCGUACCAGCAACCACCUCAUCAUCUCAGAUCGAACCACUACCCAAACCACCGAGCACCAACUGGUUCACAACCCAUCCAGCACUCUCCGACUCAUUCUCUCAUCUAGACUCACUCAUCCAUCGAUCACGCCAGAACCUACAUCGGAUCCAAAUCCUGAAACGGUACUCCGCCUCGGCUGACUUCACCGGAACCGGGAUCAGAUCGAAAUGGCUGAAAUGGAAGAUGCUCGGUGAGAACGAGCAGAACGAAGACUCCCAUCAACUAUUCAAACUGCUCUGGACAAAUCAGAUCAAAUGGCAUCCACUGGCUACCAUGAGCAUCCUCGUCCAAGCUAACGAGAACCGUCCACUAAGGAUGAUCGAAUACAACCAUCUGAUCGACAAACUCAACGAACUCAGAGCACUGAAGAAAUAUCUGAUCAUCGCCAAAUCUCUCCAACUGACCACAAUCACCACCGAUCUGGAAGAGAUCAACGAACUGGAUUCGAAGAUCGAGAACGAACUAUUGAAGUACAGCGUCCCAGAUACCCAGACCACUCUCAGCAAACGACAGCAACUCGAACGUGAUCAUCUGGGUCGAUUCCAUGGGAUCGGAAGGAAGAAGGAGAGUACCGCUCGAGCAUGGAUGAUCGAAGUCAAGAUUCCUGAACCAGAGCAACAACAAUCACCACCACCACCAUCAACCUCAGCCAGCAGCGAUCCAUCAACCGAACCACCUCCCCCAGAAACCCAGGCAAUCACCACCAACCCGGAAGAACAACUGAUAUCUGAUCCGGAGUUACCUUUGGGCAAAAUUAUCAUCAAUGGACGAUCGAUCGUCGACUAUUUCCAUACCCCUCGACAACGAGCUACGGCAAUCCGAGCCUUAGAGAUCACCAAUUGUAUCGGCCAUUAUAAUGUUCAUUUGUUAGUCCAUGGGGGAGGCAAGAUGGGCCAAGCGGCCGCAGCCUCCCAUGCGAUCGCGAACUGUCUGCUCAAGGCGCUCAACCAAGCCGGCAAAACCGACGGGACCGCUAAGGAACGAUUCGCUAAAAAGGUGCUCGUUAAGAGUCAGCUCGCACUCAGAGAUCCCAGGGUUGUCGAACGUAAGAAAACCGGGAAACCCGGUGCUAAGUCUUCCUAUCGAUGGGUCAAACGUUAAGAUCUCUAUAUAUGUCCCAACAAUCAUAAAUAUCUCUCUCUCUAUUUGGUGGUUUAUCAGCAAGUAAAAAGAAAACACAAUGCACCAUCCAAAAUGCCCCUGUUGCCUGAGUUUUCUCUUAGUGCUCUGAGAAGUGCAAAAAAAAUCAAAAACAAGAGAACUGAAUAUACCUAUUGGAUGACUCAAAUUUACAUAUGAUAAUACCCUUCCAUUUAAUCAUUUUUUUUGUAUGUGAGUGGGAGUGGGGUUGUGGGGGUUUAGAGUGAAUGAGACUUAAGGUUGUGAGUUUCUUGUUGUCUGUAAGGACAUGUGUAUGAGAGAUGAUGAUGAUUAUGAUGGAUAACUGUCCAUAUAUCUUUUGGGGGUCUGUUUUAGGAAAGAUUGGAUUGUCCUUAGUUUGUAAUCUAAUGUGUAUAUGUU